UUGCACAAAGGGUGGCAACUCUAGGCUUGCUGAUAAACGCUUGCAUUAGUGCUGUCUCUUUUUAACGCACACAAGAACGCGUGACAAAGCAAAAUAGCAAAGAGAAGCACAAAAAAACAGAAGUAAAAGGAAAAUCUGAGAAAUGGUGAUUAAUAUUUUCAUAAACAAUAAACAGUUAAUUACUGUCAAUGAAAAUGGCAUUAAAUAUGACGAACUCUGCACGCGUAUCACGGAGGCAACACAAUUACAAACAGAGGAGUUUUACUUGACAAGUAAUGGCAAACGUUUAACUGAUGAUCAUAAUGAGAUUAGUAGCAGCGUUAUUCAAUGCCAGCUGCGGCAACUGGGCGGCAAAGGGGGUUUUGGCUCCAUGCUGCGUGCGAUUGGCGCCCAAAUCGAAAAGACCACAAAUCGCGAGGCUUGCCGAGAUUUGAGCGGGCGUCGACUGCGCGACAUCAAUGAAGAGAAACGAGUGCGUGCUUGGCUGGAGAAGAGUGGCGAGCGGGAGCGGGAGGCUGAGGAACGCAAGAAGCGCAAGAUCGAGAAACUUCUGGCAGUACCGAAACAUGAGUUCAAGGACGACGAGUAUGAGGAGGCGCGUGCCAAGCUGACAGAGAAGGUGAACGAUGCGUUCGAGGAGGGUAUGAAGCAGGCUGAGGAAGCUAAACUUUCGGCACCAGCAACAGAGGAUUCUAAUAGUGCAGCCAGCAGCAGCAGCAGUUCUGCAACUGCUCUAAAAUCUGGCGUCAAGCGCAAAGUUGUCGACAAGCCCAAAAACAACAAAAAGAAAAAGGGUGCUCUAUGGAUUGAUGAUGACCUCUCCGGCAGCGACUUGGACAGCGAUGAUAGCGAGGAGGAAUCUGAACAGAAGCGCGCAAUUAAGUGUUAAGCAACAAAACAACAAUUAAAUGUUUAAAGCCAUCGAAUUAAUUUUAAAAGAUUACGUUUUAUUGUAGUAAUUAAGCACUAAUCAAAAUGUACAUAAAUAUAAUGAUGACAAUGAAGCGUCGUCGACUUUAUUGCGUCACAAACUGGGAUGAAACCCACGCCAAACCCCACUUCAGAUUCGUAAGCAUGAACUUUAAAGCCUUCGUCCACUGUUCCUCGGAAUUGAACUGGAUUCUAGAAAAGGGAGGAAAGUAAUUUAGAAAAUGUCAAAUUUAAUAUUUAGAAGUAUUUACUUGAUGGAGUAGGAAUUGCCAGUGGAGGGAUCAAUAAUUUUGCCCUUCUCCAUUUUGUAGGGCAGUAGAAAUUCAGUAUCACGCUUCUCCACCUCCUGCUGGAACUGCGUCAAGCAGUCAAGAAACGCCACCAUGGCUGCAUCGAAUUUGGUG